UCCCCCAAAACUCCCAUAGCAACGGCCUUUUAGAAACGAAGAUGCAAAACGUCGGCGAUCUCCGGCAACCCCGACGUCAUUCCCAGAACCAGGGAGAACCUUGUUGAAUAGCGUGACACACACCGCGAGUCAAGAAUAUCGCGGAAUUGUCCCAAUUUCAAGCUAUUAAAGUUCGUAACAAACGAUGCCGCGGCGUUGUGUAGCAAUUCACUGUUCCCAUACAUGUAACCAGCUAUUCGAAUGGCCAAAAGACAGCGACAGAGCAAGGAAAUGGACACGUUUUGUGCAUGCCAAGCGGAGCAACUUUCAGCCUGUGCCAACCAGCGUACUUUGCCUGAAACACUUCGAGCCCGAUUGCUUUGCGAACAGAAUGGCUUACGACCAGGGUUUUGCAAAACGAUUAAUGCUAAAACCAGAUGCGGUCCCCACGCUGCAGUUACCUCCCCCAGGCCCAGGACAAGGUGGCAAAGAAGUGCAGCUUACUCCUCGAGGGGCGGCAUCUAAGAGAGCAAGAAAGAGAUUGCUGGACGAGGCGGCCCUUGCCAACAGCCGUCUGGAGCAACCACCCGUGACUGCUGCUGAGACCUGUGCAACGGCUACAUUAUCCAGUACAGUUGCUGAAGGAGUGGAAUGUACCAAUGACUGUGUGAAUGGGGAGACAAUUUCACAACUGACAUCACCUGGUGCUGGGGAACAGCAGCAGGUAUCAGAAGCUCACAAAAUCACUGGAUGCCAUGAAAGAGGACUUGAAGUUGAAGAUCCUGAAAGUGAUGAGGAUACAGAUAUGCCAUCAAACACAAUAUGGGUGAAAGAAGGGUUAUGCAGUGAAGAUGUAUCGAGUAAAUUGUGUAUGGAGCAGCCAAAACUAAUGCAGGACUUUGAUGUGAAGGCUGAAAAUGAUGAAGAAUUUGAUGAAAUAGAAUGUAAAUUUGAAGUAAAAGAUGAACCAAUAGAGUAUUAUGACUCGGAACACAGUAUCGGAGUUAAGGAAGAAAGUGAUGGCAGAGAUGAUGCUUCAAUAUCAUGUCAGUUGGAGAAUGGUCAGCGAGCCAGCCAGAGAAGAAGCUAUAACUUGGCAUCAGAUGAUAGCGAUUCAAACAGUGAUCUUGAUAAGGAUGAUGACGGCUUUGACUCUGAUGAUGAGAAUAAGGACGAUGGAGUUACACCUGGCACUUCUACUACCAAAGCAAAAGGUACGACAGUCGCUGGUCAUACACAGCUGGUAAUGGAUGUAGAAGAGGUGGUAUGUGCAUGGGUUUUAUAUCGUCGUUUGCAGCGGCGGAGGAGGAGACAGAGACGUUAUUGGGUUCAUCCUAUCUUAAAGGACAGACUUACCUAUGGAAUGUUCUUCACAUUGUAUCCAAAGCUACGAGAACAUGAACCCAAGUUCUUUAAUUAUAUGAGAAUGUCCAUCAAAUCAUUUGACGAUCUGCUUGAACAAAUACAGGAUGACAUAUCUUCAACAAGCACCAUGAUGAGGGACUGCAUUUCUCCAGAAGAAAAACUUGUCAUAACACUAAGAUACCUGGCUACGGGUUGUUCUAUUGCAGACUUACACUAUGGAUACAGGCUUGGGAAAUCUACCAUCUCGAGCAUAUUGCAGCAAGUGUGCGUUGUUAUUUGGGAAAGGCUGAAGACAAUGUGCUUGCCAGUGAUGACAAAAGAGAAAUGGGAAGAAGUAGCACAAGGUUUUGAGAAACAUGCAAACUUUCCUAAUUGCAUUGGCGCAAUAGAUGGAAAACAUAUCAGAUUAAUCAAACCCAACUAUAAGAACUUUUCAACUGUAUUGCUGGCUGUAUGUGACACAAAUUAUUCAUUUAUAUAUUUAGAUAUUGUUUCGUAUGGGAAAAGUAGUGACGUGUCAGUAUUUCAUAAUUCUUCACUGUACAAAAAACUUGUGGAAAGGACCCUGGACAUUCCAAAAGCUAGGCCUAUUUCUGGUACUAGCACCUGUUUGCCUUAUGUCAUUGUUAGCGAUGAGGCAUUUGGGAUUAUGGAUCACAUAAUGAGACCCUACUGUGGGAGAUACCUGACACAUACUAAGAAAAUCUUUAAUUAUAGACUCUCAAGGGCACGUCAGUACAUUGAAUGUACUUUUGGCAUGCUUGCUAAUAAGUGGCGUAUAUUUCAUAGGCCUCUCAACGUUAACAUAACUUUUGCAGAAAACAUAAUCAAAGCAUGCUGCAUAUUGCAUAAUUAUGUCAGGGCAAGAGAUGGGUACAGGUAUGAAGACACUCUUUUUGAAGCCCCAUUGGAAGGCCUGCAAGAAGGCAAUGCACCAAGAGGAGGAAUGUCUGCGGUCUCAGCUAGAGAUAAGUAUGCUGAAUACUUCAUCACUGACGGUAGAGUUGAAUGGCAGGAUAAUAUGAUUUAGAAGAGGAGGUGUGAAGAAGAGCCAAUACAAGACGGUAUUAGGAGAGUGCUGUUCAACUUAUAAAAGCUCCUUUGGUUAAAAAAGAGAAUGCUGGAUGACAUUGGUUCGCAAAGCUACAUAUGUAAAGUGCUAUCUACCUCACACACUCGCAUCCUUAGCACUAAAUAAAAUGACUUGCAGGAUGACAUUACUCAGAAAGAAUUUAUAUAAAGUUUUGCUCAACUCAAUCACAAGCAUAUUUUCUGUAAAAAAUAAUGUGAUCUGAAGAAUAAAACUAGUUUGAAAUUCUAAUGUGACGUGGUUACAAGUGUAUAGUGAAAGUUCUAGUUAGUAUAUGCUGCUCAGACCGGAAGACAGAAUCGAGGACGAUUCCGAAACUGUUGUCUCACUUACUUCAAUAAAUCUAG